GCCCUCCGCAGCGCAGCGCAGCGCGGCCGGAGCUGGGCCGGGGCGCCAGGUGCCCUCGGGAGGAUGAAGCCGGCCCUGGUGGACGACACGGAGGAUGUGUCUCUGGACUUCGGCAACGAAGAGGAGCUGGCCUUCAGGAAGGCGAAGAUCAGGCACCCCCUGGCCACCUUCUUCCACCUGUUCUUCCGAGUGAGCGCCAUCGUCACCUACGUGGGCUGUGACUGGUUCAGCAGCAGCUUUGUGGGCUGCUUUGUCACCGUGCUGCUCCUCCUGGCCUUUGACUUCUGGUCGGUGAAGAAUGUAACCGGAAGACUUCUGGUGGGCCUACGGUGGUGGAACCAGAUAGAUGAAGACGGGAGGAGCCACUGGGUAUUUGAAGCCAGAAAGGCCUCCCCUCACCACGUGGCCACCACGGAGGCCGAGGCGCGCAUCUUCUGGCUGGGUCUCAUCAUCUGCCCCCUCAUCUGGAUGGUAUUCUUCUUCACUACCUUGUUCUCCCUGAAGUUGAAGUGGCUGGCCCUCGUGGUGGCCGGGAUCUCACUGCAAGCUGCCAACCUCUAUGGCUACAUCCUUUGCAAGAUGGGUGGCGACAGCGACCUCAGCAAGGUGGCGGCCAGCUUUCUGUCACAGACAGUGUUCCAGACGGCCUCUCCAGGGGAUUUCCAGAAGCCGGGGCUCGGGCUAGAGAUCCAUCAGCGUUAGGAAGCCUUGAGAAUCGCUGGCAUGUGAGCCUGGCCUGGAGAUUUCGAUGUGUGGUACACCCACCACACGCGGACCUCUGUCGUAUGGUGACUCGGGCUCCUCCAGAGAUUUCUGACGGACCUCCCGCUGACCAUGUGCACUGACCCCAGAGUGAACCCCAGCAUGAAGCUCUGCCUCUGCUAGAUUCUUCGGAUGCUACGCCAGCAAAGAAUAUCGGUCUAUGAGCUACAAGUAUUUACUGUCUGCAUCCCUUGACUGACAGUUUGGCAAUUCUGGUUUUAACAACAGCCCCAGGCCCCAAAAAGUACCUCGUAAAAUCUGAGGCCUAACCCACAGUCUUACUUUUUAACAGCUUUCCUGAGACAUGCAGAACACGCCAUACAAUCUGUGCACGGAUAGCGUUAGUGGCUGCUGUAUAUUCGAAGAGCUGUGUGCCCACACCACAAGCAACUUGAAGCCAUCAACUUCUGUGCUCCACCAAGAAACCAUGCCCCCAGCCUCUACCGAUUUGCCCAUUCUGCACAUUUCGUAUAUAUAGAAGCCUAUGAUCUAUGGUC